AUGGGUUUAUUUGAUAAAGUUAAGCAAUUCGCCAACAGCAAUAGCAAUAACAACAGUUCUGGUAAUGAUAAUCAGACCGAUUACGUUUCCAAGGCCGAAAACAUGAUCGGUCAAGAUAGAGUCAGCCAAUUCAAGAGCAAGAUUGGUGAGGACAAAUUCGACAAGAUGGAGUCUAAGGUUCGUCAACAGUUCUCUAAUACUUCGAUAAAUGACAACAAUGACAACUCUUACGGUUCUUCUAACAAUGAUGACUCUUACGGUUCGUCAAAUAAGAACGAUAACUCGUAUGGUUCAUCCAAUAACGAUGACUCUUACGGAUCUUCUAACAAGAACGAUAACUCAUAUGGUUCGUCUAACAAUGAUGAUUCCUACGGUUCUAACAAUGACGACUCCUACGGUUCUUCCAACAAGAACAAUAGCGAUUCCUAUGGGUCUUCUAACAACGACGACUCCUACGGGUCUUCUGACAAGAAGAAGAGUUCCUACGGUUCUUCCAAUAACGACGACUCCUACGGUUCUUCCAACAAGAACAAUAGCGAUUCCUACGGGUCUUCUAACAACGACGAUUCCUACGGGUCUUCUGACAAGAAGAAGAGUUCCUACGGUUCUUCCAAUAACGACGACUCCUACGGUUCUUCCAACAAGAACAAUAGCGAUUCCUACGGGUCUUCUAACAACGACGAUUCCUACGGGUCUUCUGACAAGAAGAAGAGUUCCUACGGUUCUUCCAAUAACGACGACUCCUACGGUUCUUCCAACAAGAACAAUAGCGAUUCCUACGGGUCUUCUAACAACGACGAUUCCUACGGGUCUUCUGACAAGAAGAAGAGUUCCUACGGUUCUUCCAAUAACGACGACUCCUACGGUUCUUCCAACAAGAACAAUAGCGAUUCCUAUGGGUCUUCUAACAACGACGACUCCUACGGGUCUUCUAACAAGAACGAUAACUCAUAUGGUUCCUCCAACAACGAUGAUUCCUACGGUUCUAACAAUAACGAUUCCUACGGGUCUUCUGACAAGAAGAAGAGUUCCUACGGUUCAUCCAAUAACGACGACUCCUACGGUUCUUCCAACAAGAACAAUAGCGAUUCCUAUGGGUCUUCUAACAACGACGACUCCUACGGGUCUUCUAACAAGAACGAUAACUCAUAUGGUUCCUCCAACAACGAUGAUUCCUACGGUUCUAACAAUAACGAUUCCUACGGGUCUUCUGACAAGAAGAAGAGUUCCUACGGUUCAUCCAAUAACGACGACUCCUACGGUUCUUCCAACAAGAACAAUAGCGAUUCCUACGGUUCGUCAAAUAAGAACGAUAACUCGUAUGGUUCAUCCAAUAACGAUGACUCUUACGGAUCUUCUAACAAGAACGAUAACUCAUAUGGUUCGUCUAACAAUGAUGAUUCCUACGGUUCUAACAAUGACGACUCCUACGGUUCUUCUGACAAGAAGAAAAGUUCCUACGGUUCUAACAACAGCGACUCUUACGGGACCUCUAACAGAAAUAAGAGCUCCUACGGUUCGUCUAACAACGAUUCCUACGGUUCCUCCAACAACGAUGAUUCCUACGGCUCUAAUAACAACAGCAAUUCGUAUGGCUCUAACAACGACGACACUUACGGUUCUAAUAACAACAACUACAGUUCCAACAAUGACGACAAUUACUAG